AUGACCACCGCAAUCCCCUCAAUCGCCUGCCUAGGCAUCAUUGGCCGCAACAACAACCCCCUCCACAUCUCCAUCUUCCCAUCCCACGAUCCCACAACCAACACCUUCACACCCAUCCGCACCCCGCUCCAGUUCUCGCUCCUCCUCUCGUCCACCAUCGACGUCUUCGAGCUGCGCGCCAAAGCAAACACCGCUUCAGGCGUCGGCCUCUCCGGCGACGUGGGUCUCCUGCACGCGAUCGACGACCGCCUCGCCGCGUACGGGUACGAGACCAACACGGGAGUGCGGAUGGUGUGCGUGGUGGACAUGCGCGGCAGGACGAUAGACGCGGGCGGGAGGCAGGCCGGCACGGGGCUGCGGGACACGGAGAUGAAGCCCGUGUUUAGGGCUAUGCAGACUGCGUAUGUGAGACUGUUGCAGAACCCGUUCUAUGAGCCGGAUGAGCAUGCGCCGGUGGGGGGAGCGGGCGGCAAGAGGAUUGUGAGUAGGCGGUUUGAUGGGGAUAUGAGGAGGAUUGGGGAGGCGUGGACGCCUGGGGUUACGAGUUUGUGA